UCACCCGGAAUACACUCCACUUCACUUCCUACAUGUCCACACACUCACACACACUCUCAGCUGCUUUAACUUCAGCUUUUCUGCGCUGUUGGUGCAGAUUUGAAGCGUCGCUGCGCUUCUUCCAGCCUGUCUCACCUCCAGCUGUCUGUCUGUCUGUCACUUCUCUGUUUUGGUUCCUUUAGCGGAUAAUUGCAACAUGUCGGUGGCUUUAAUGAGUUAAUUAGCGCGUGACGUUGAUCCCGACUCAUUAAUUAACCGAGCAGCUUCCUCGCGACGCAGCUGGAAGACUUCCCGGACCGCCGGGGACCCGCGGGGUCCGGUGCGCCGCCGUUACUCCUGGAGAUUUACAGCCGUGAUCGAGCUCUGACAUGCGGCCGUUAAUCACCGGAGCUGCGGUGCUAACCGGAGGGUGAGUGUGUGUGAGUCAUCAGCAGUCUGUCACACACACACACACACACACACACACACACACACACACACACACACACACACACACACAGUAAACACACACAGAGACCCGGGGUACCCCCAAAGUCCCGUCCGGCCAGUGGACCCGCCCACCCAGUGCAGCUCCGCCCGCCGCCGGGACGCUCAGCUGGACAACCCCGACUGGUUCAUCCCGACCAGGAGACACCGAGCAGACCCUCCCGACCUGCUGCCAAUGGCGUGCUUCGUCUUCACCCUCUUCUUCCUCGUGGUCUUCAGGAUACCUGCCAGUCUGUCCAGUGACCCGUCAGAGCCCAUGUGUUACGACUGGGGGGAGUCCCGUGAGGGGUCGGUCUCAGUCCUGGAGGGGGAGGCCGGUUGGCUCUCUUGUCCUCUUUUCUUUCACCCCUCUGUCUACAACUACACCUCCACCCAGAGCGCUGGACACAACCUCUUCUGGUACCACGUCCCUGAGGGUCAAGACCUGGAACAGCCAAUCAGGAACAGCUCGCGGCUCAGUAAAGACAGAGAGCGACUGUGGUUGCAGCCGGCCGUCGCCACGGACACCGGACAGUACAUCUGCAUGCUCCGUAACAAGUCGUCCUGCAGUAAGAUUGCCAUGCGUCUGAAGGUGUUGCGGCCUGACGAGGUGACCCGUGGUGCGGACUGCGCGCCUCCUGUUGCCAUGGCGACAACUCACAUGACCAUCGCUCUGCAGGGCGGCGGGGUGCUGGACUGUCCUAACCUGCAAGACGCCAAAAAGAUUGCGGACAGCGAGCCGACUGUCACCUGGCACCAUGUGAAACCGGACAGCUUGCGGUGUGAAAAGGAUCUGUUCUGGCACAACCGGCAGCAGAAAGGAGCCAGUCUGCAGGUUCACGUCAUGAUGGACUCGUAUCAGGGUUUAUAUUUCUGUACGGUCCAGUUCCAGAGGAAAGGCCAGAUCCUGAACUUCACCCGGAGCAUCAACGUCAGCGCAGUCUAUCCUCCUUUUCUGCCCAAAGAGCCCAGCAUCCUCCACCCAGCUAAAGACCAGGUCUUCAUCGUCAAACAGGACACGGAGGUGCGCCUGGUGUGCAGAGGUCUGUUCCCCUACCUGGACUCUCCGAGGGAGAUCUGGUGGACGGUCGAUGGGAAGACGCUGGACAAACUUCACGACCAUCAUCGAUUCUCCAAAAGCAACAGACAGGUGAAGUACGAGUACGGGGACCGGACGGAGGAGAGCGUGCUGCUGAUCCAGGACUUCCAGUCCGAAGACCUGAACAGAGAGUAUAACUGCUCCGUCAGGAACGAGCGAGGCUUCGAGACCCGCAGAGCUCAGCUGAAGGAGGAAGUGUCGCUGCCGUCGGUGGAGCUGGGCUGUGGUCUCGGCGUGACCCUGGUCCUCAUGCUGCUUCUCUUCGUGGUUUAUCACGUCUUCUGGUUGGAGCUCCUGCUGCUCUAUCGCUCGUGGUUCGGCACCGAUGAGCGUCACACAGAUGAUAAGGAGUAUGACGUGUACAUCUCGUAUGCGAGGAACGGCGAGGAGGAGCACUUUGUUCUGUCGACGCUUCGCAGCGUCCUGGAGAACGAACUCGGAUACUCCGUGUGUAUCUUCGACAGAGACAGUCUGCCUGGAGGGACCAUCACAGACGAGACUCUGAGUUUCGUGGCCCGUAGCCGGCGCCUCCUGGUGGUCAUUAGCCCAGGAUAUGCCUCUCAGGGCUCGCAGGCCCUGCUGGAGCUGAAGGCCGGCAUCGACAGCAUGGCGCUAGAAGGGCACCUGCGGGUGAUCCUGAUCCAGUACAAACCGGUUCGGAGGCAGGGCUGGGUCAGAGAGCUGAGGAGGGCCCGGGUGGCCCUGGCGCUGGUCCGAUGGCAGGGGGACAAGUCCAGGGAGCUGACGUCCCGCUUCUGGAAGAGGCUGAGGGUGGAGUUACCUGUGAGGAGGGUUAGCAUCAGGGAGGAGGACGGGAGCAGUAAGGACGUGUCCUUAAUGAGGCUGCACAGUCAGAACAGUACAAACUCCCAAACAGGCCUCAUCACCAGCACGAUCAAAGACCCGCAGAAAGUCCUGAACUCUGCAGCGUAGCCCUGACGGGGGGGCUGCAACUCAGGACUUUACUACAAACUGUCAUUUUUCCGGUGCCUCAAUAAUUAGUAUUUUUCUAUAAAUUCUUUGUUUGCAUUGAGCGAGGCGACACUCCCUCCAACAGCUGUUGAGAUAUUUCAAACCCAUGUUGGUGCUAGAAGACGAGUCAGAGGGUCAGUGGAGUCGGUAGGGUUCAUCCUCUGAGGAGCAGACUAACAUGGCCUCGCUGGAGCCACGGCUAAAAACCAGCUACAUGUCCUCAGUGCCUCGGUGUGUCAUGAUGUGUUCUGGUGACAAACAACUGAAACCAAAGUUUAUCAUCCUGUCAGCAGUCAGUUUUCAUGGUCCUUCAUCCCACCUCACACCUGUUGUUAGCAAGCAUUAGUUCAUUUGCUAGAAAACAUUAUCUCAUUAGCUAAAAUGCUAAUUCAUUACAAGCACAAUGUGAAAGCCAUCCUGAUGAUUCAUCUGGAGAGUUUGUCCAGACGGCUCACAGGUCAAAGACGUUAAGAAGGAAAACAGCGGGGACAUGAAACGCUCCUCGUCAGCUCCUCAUCAGAGAUGAAGAGCGAACAAAACAGCAGGAUAAAAACCUGCAGUGCUUCUCAGAUUAACGCCGUGUCCUCUCAUAAUCAGCAUCAUGACCACGAAUCACUUUUCAUCUGCACACUACCGUCAUCCUUUCUAUCACUGCAGCAUCUGUCGAGAUGCUGUGUUCCCUUUAAGAAGACCAGCAGGAGUUUUGUGUUGAACUGGCCCAACCUGGACCGUAUGUGUCUGUCUGAAGUCAAUCCAGGCAAAAACAGAAACCAAGACAUCAAUAGAAAACAGUGACCCUGUCGGGACCAGCAGUCUUCAUGGGGUCUAAUAAAGUCUGAGAGAGAGGACCAAUGAGCAGAGGAUUAUUAUUGGCCGACAGGUGCUGACAGUCUGUCUACGUAGAUGCUUUAAAUGUAUUUAUUCAGUCCUUUUUAUUGGCCUCAGUCUUGCAUUUCUGUGUGUUUUGUGAAAGAAAGAGACUGAGAAUAGAAAUAAAUGCUUCGGGUCGCAGUUACGUCUGCGAGAUGCAGCUGAACACAAGCCUGAAUGCAGCAUCUGCAUUCACCUCGCUGGUGCUUUGGAGUCCAGAUGUGGCGGCCUGGUGGAGAUCUGCACUCCUCCUGUUCUAUUCAGUCAGUAUGCCGACAAUAAAUCAGCUAUAUCGACUUAUAUUUCCUUUGUUAUUUGUGAUUAACACUUUAAAAAGACGUUUGUAAUGAGAGAAUGUUUCCUGCACUUUGAUCAUCUCUGUUUUACCACAUUUCAUCUGUUUUGAAUAAAUGAAUUUUUC